UUCAUACUUCAAGUUGACAAAAAUAUAUACUUCUUCUGUUCUAAUUUAUGUGGCGAUGUUCGAAUUUUGAGAGUGUUAUUACAUUUGAAGCUGCAAAAGUUUAUACUACUACUAUCUCAUGUAUACCAAUCAGCUUUGCAAUUUGUUUCAUAUCAAUUGAUCAUGUUUCAAAAUCAAUCAAUCUGCUUCUUCUUCUACUACUUUUUUGUGUCUCUGUUUUUCUCCUUCGUCAGAUCCAGUGCAAAUAAUGAUACUUCCUCCUAUGCAUUUUGUCCUAAAUCAACCUGCAAUGGAGUGGAAAUUUCAUAUCCAUUCUGGAGACUUGACAAUUACAACGCCAGCGCUCCUCAGUACUGUGGUUAUCCAGGAUUUGGAAUCAAUUGCUCAAAAAACCAACCGCUUCCGAUUAUUUACCUUCCAGGCGAUGCUUUCUACGUCAAAAGUAUAGAUUAUAAAAGCUAUUCUCUCGCUCUAGUGGACGCUGAUGUUUUCAAUGAGACAUGCCCUAGAGCACGUCACAACCUUACAUUGGAGAAAUUGCCGUUUAAGUUUUCCGAUUCCGCUCUGGAACUUACCUUCUAUUUCGAUUGUACGGAACCUCUACCUGAUUCUCUUCCCGCAGAAUGCUUGAAAUCAAGUGGAAACAGGACGUAUUUCUACGUUGGGGAAACUGAGCCAGACUAUUUGAACUGGUUUGGGAUUUGUGAAGAGAAAGUGGUGGCGACGGUGAAGGAAAGGAGAAGAUUCCAGAACAAUGAUUGGAUCAGAGGAUUUGGUGCCGCCAUGGGAGAGGGUUUCGUGCUGGACUGGUGGAGCGCGUCGGAGUGCGGGCAGUGUGAGGAAUCAGACGGGAGGUGCGGUUAUAACAAUUCAACCCAUAACCUUUUGUGCUACUGCCGAGAUGGUACCGUUAAGUUUAAACAUUGCGAAGGCGAUAAAAGAGAUAUCAGAGUGAAGGUUGCCGUAGGUGUAGCUGCAGCUGCAUUCACUGCCAUUGUGGCAUGCGUAAUUUUCUUUCUCUAUUAUCGUCGACAGAAGAAACGUCAUGCUGGUUCGUCUUUGAUAUCCAGAAGUAUCCUUUCCUAUCCCACCUCAACAAUGGACCCUGAAAAGGCUUCGCACUAUUUCGGAGUUCACGUCUUUGACUACAAUGAACUGGAAGAAGCCACGAACAGUUUUGAUUCUAGCAAAGAGCUAGGAGAAGGUGGAUUUGGCACAGUAUAUAAAGGUAAACUUCGAGAUGGGCGUGUUGUUGCUGUAAAACGUUUAUAUGAGAACAACUACAAGAGGGUUGAGCAAUUCCGAAAUGAAAUUGAAAUCCUCACUCGUUUGCGCCAUCGAAAUCUAGUUACCCUUUACGGAUGCACAUCUCGCCAUGGCCGUGAGCUUCUUCUUGUGUAUGAAUAUAUUUCCAAUGGUACUGUUGCUGAUCAUCUUCAUGGGGAAUUCUCAAAGCCUGGAUCACUUUCAUGGAAUACACGAAUGAGCAUUUCCAUAGAAACGGCAAGCGCGCUAGCCUUUCUCCAUAAUUCAGAGGUCAUUCACCGAGAUGUAAAAACUAACAAUAUCCUCCUAGACAGUAAUUUCUGUGUCAAAGUAGCUGAUUUUGGGUUGUCUCGGCUUUUCCCUACUGAUGUUACACAUGUCUCAACAGCUCCACAGGGUACCCCUGGAUAUGUUGAUCCCCAGUAUCACGAAUGCUAUCAACUCACCAGUAAAAGUGAUGUUUAUAGUUUCGGUGUGGUAUUAAUCGAGCUUAUAUCCUCCCUGCCAGCUGUUGAUAUCUGUAGGCAUCGACAGGAAAUAAAUCUAUCAAAUAUGGCAAUUAACAAGAUUCAGAGCAACACAUUACAUGAGCUGGUUGAUUCAAAUCUUGGUUUUGACUCCAAUGACAUGGUAAAGUUGAUGAUCACUGCCGUGGCAGAGUUGGCUUUCCAGUGUCUUCAGAACGACAGGGAUUUGAGACCAUCCAUGCCGGAGGUUUUGGAAGCUCUACUGGGAAUUCAGAGUAUGGAUAAAACAGCAACAGAAAUAGGGAAGCCAAGUCCCGGUGAUGAUGCUGGAUUGUUGAAGAAUCACGCAUUAUCUCUCUCACCCGAUUCAGUUAUUUCAAAAUGGACUAGCAGUAGCAGUUCAACAACACAUGCUUCCAGUAUUGGCUAAGUUUAUGCCCUUAGUUUGUCUAGUUUGUGGUUUUCUUGAUAGUGAUUCUUCAGCCACCUGCUCUAUUGGUCGCGGAAGGUGAAGUUUAGUGUCUUUCCUUUGAGUACUUUGGACCUUUUUCUAUCUUAAAGAGGUUGUACAUAUCUCGUAUGCAGCAAUUUAAAUUUAACAAUACUAAUUCAAUUCAUUUCUUAAAUUCUUUAGUUAAA